AUGCUAAAGCUUCCUAUCUCGCAACGUUUUUUGUUAUAUCCUUCCUACCUUCAUUCAUUCAUCCUAUUUUUCCUUUUUCUAUUCUUCUCUUUCUUUUUUCGUCAUAAAUUCCUUUCUUAUUCGCUUUCUUUUGUCUUCCGUUUGAUAUUUCUUUCUUUCUUUCUUUCUUUCUUUCUUUCUUUCUUUCUUUCUAGCGCCAUUUUUUUUUAUUUCUCCCAGCUUAAACUGAUCCUUCCUACUUUUCCCUCUUCCUUUCACCACGUUCUUUUACCACGCCCCUUCCUUCCUUUCCUUCCAUCUGCCUUCUAUUUUUCUCUUUACUCUCUUCUUUCACCCUCUUUCCCUUCCGCUAUCGUUUUUUCACUACUUUCUUAUCUCUAUUUCUCCCAAGACAUCCCUCCCUCCUUUCAGUCUCCUUUCCUCGUAACUUUUUUCCACUCCCUAAUUUUCUUUCCGCCUAUUUUAUCUCCCUCCUUCAUCACGCCCUGUUUUCCUGCUGCUUUUCUCCAACCAUUCCUCGCUCUUUUCCUUUCCCUGAUACCUUUUUCUUCUCUUUGGCUUUCUCUUCUUUUCUUUCUUUACCUUAUCAGCAUUCAUUGUGUCACUUAUCAUGACGUUUUCCUUAUUCGAUCUCCUGAUCCAGUCGCCUUCGCCCCCGGUCGUUCAUUUUACAUUUAUCUUUGCUAA